AUGGAGCACGGCGAUGGUUCCGCUGGGCCGGAGGACUGGAGGGGCAUGGUGGAGUCCACCAUCGGCCAUUACGACCAGAAUGCUGCGUCCUUUUGGGCUGGCACCAAAGACCACGACGUGAGCCAAAAUCGGGAAGCACUGCUGACUGCGAUGGGGCAUCCGUUGGAGGGCACGAAGGGGACAGUUCUGGACCUGGGUUGCGGCCCAGGGCGGGACAUCGCCCACUUCCUGUCCCUGGGCCUGAAGGUGACGGGACUGGACGCCAGCAAGGAGUUUGUGCGAAUGGCCCGGGAGCACACUGGGGCGGAAGUACUCCACCAGGACUUCCACAGGCUGGAGCUCCCGGCUUCCUACUUCCAUGGCAUCUUCGCCAACGCCUCUCUCUUUCACGUCUACAGACCUCACUUGCCCGCUGUCCUUUCAAGCCUUCACGAUGCCAUGAUUCCAGGUGGCAUCCUGUUCUCAUCGAACCCCCGUGCCGAUGAGGACACGGAGAACUUUUCGGGCAGGUACGGCUACUACAUGUGCUACGAAACCUAUGCCGCCCUCAUGAGGAAGGCCGGUUUUGAGGAGGUGGGCCAUUUCUACAGGCCGUCAGGAAAGCCGAGGCACUUGCAGCCGUGGCUGGCGUCCACUUGGCGGAAACCCCGGUAG